GCCAGCCCCCUCCAGUAUAAGUUGGGGGAUCUGCCCUCGCCUGCCCUGCCCCCCCCAGACCCCCUUCCUCGUAUGAACUGGCCCGCCCAUUAUCCCACGCCACCCUAGAAGGCGAUACGCAGGUCUCACUAUCCGUAUCAGCAUUGCGGAUUCAGAUUCUUUGCGCUUCUCACCAAGAAGAGACCACGCCAGAGCGCGCGCUGCUUUAACCACAACACCACCCACUUGCUAUGGGUAACCCAUCCGAAGUAGCAGCACCCGACGUGCCGACAACCGAGUCCGACAGCGUCACCAACGAAAAGACCGCCCGCAAGGCAUCAUCCCAAGACGAUAACAUCAACGUCGAAAGCGCCGGGUGGGACGAGAGCUCCACCCGCAAGCUCAUCUGCAAGGUCGACCUCACGCUGAUCCCCUUCCUAGCGCUGCUGUACCUGCUCUCCUUCCUGGACCGCACCAACAUCGGCAACGCGCGGCUCGACACGCUCGAGGACGACCUGGGCCUCGACAAGAACGGCCUCCAGUACAAUGACGCCCUCGCCAUCUUCUUCCCGUUUUAUGUUGCGGCCGAGAUCCCCUCCAACAUGGCCAUGAAGCGCUUCCGUCCGUCGCUGUGGAUCCCGAGUAUCAUGGUGGCUUGGGCUGUCUGUACUACGCUCAUGGGUAUUGUGCAGAACUAUCCCGGGCUGAUGGUCUGCCGCUCUGCGCUGGGUCUUGCCGAGGGUGGUUUGUUCCCCGGUAUCACUUACUACAUCACCAUGUGGUAUCGGCGUCAUGAAUGCGGUUUGCGUAUGGCCAUCUUCUUCUCGGCCGCCACUGCUGCCGGUGCCUUCGGUGGCCUCCUCGCCUUUGGAAUCAUGAAGAUGGGAGGCGUGGCCGGUCUUUCGGGUUGGCAAUGGAUCUUCAUUCUCGAGGGCCUGCUGACCUUUUGUGUCGCCAUGGUUGCGUACAUGGUGAUGCAGGACUACCCGGGAACGGCCAAGUUCCUCACCCAGGAGGAGCGCGUGGAGGUGCAGGCGCGGCUGAAGCGCGACCGGUCCUCGCUGGCCGACGAAUUCGAGAUCAAGUACUUCUUCGCGGCGCUCAAGGACUGGAAGAUUUGGGUGCACAUGUUCAUCACCAUCGGCGUCUACACCGGCCUGUACUCAUACUCGCUCUUCCUGCCGACCAUCAUCAACGAUCUCGGCACCUCGACCAGCAAGGAGAUGUCCCAGCUGCUGACCGUGCCCCCUUACGUCGUGGCCUGCAUAUUCUGCGUCAGCUCCGGCUGGUACGCCGACAAGCUGGGCAAGCGCGGCGUGUUUAUGAUUGGGUUUAUGGUUAUUGCCAUCAUCGGCCUCAUCAUGCUCAUGUCCAGCUCCUCCAGCGGCGUGCGCUACACGGGCUGCUUCUUCCUCGCAACCGGCAUCUACCCUAACGUACCUCUCGGUGUGGCGUGGAACGGCAACAACAUCGGCGGCUCCCUUAAGCGCGGCGUGGGCAUCGCGAUGCACGUCGGCUUCGGCAACCUGGGCGGUACCAUCUCGGCGUACCUCUUCCUGGCCAAGGACAAGCCGCGCUACAUGCCGGGCUUUGCCACUCUGCUAGCCUGCCAGGCCAUGGCCCUCGUGCUGUCCGUGUGGAUGCACAUCUAUCUGCGCCGCGAGAAUGCUCGCCGCGACCGCGAGUACAAGCCCCCGAGCGAAUACACUGAGGAUGAGAGGGUUGCUGAGCGCGAGAAGGGCGAUCUGGCCACCUUCUUCCGUUAUACCGUGUAGAGAGAGGUGGGGUUUUGGGUAGAGGCGCGUGUUUUCGUGUUGUUUCUAGUACGAGGUAGAAUAGCUGCUAUUAUGUGGUCAAAAAGUCCCUAACGUUUUUGUUUACAACCCCCUGAGGGUAAUCUACCACCAUAUAGGUGUUCGCCUCGCCGAACCGCCGUGCUAUCCAAACUAGCAAUUGGUUAUAUCCGUGCAGUACUCUACCCAAAUAUAUCAUGGCUGUACACCGGCCUGGCGACCCGUUUUGCAGCCCUCUAAGUUGACGCAGUUUUGUAAGGAGUUGCAGCGUUGACUCCCUUUCACAGACAUGU